CUUCCGUCGAAACUUGCGAACCAAAAAAAGGCGCAAAAAAGCAGAAGAUCCCAAGAACAAGAAGAAAGAAGAAGUAGAAUCCCGGCAAUCGGCCAUUCACGCAUCUCAGCAACAUCCAGAGAGGAGGAAAGAACCAUACCCCCGGCGUAAAUUUUAUCCCCUCUUCGCCGUCCCGCCGCGGGUUUGCCACUCCCCGACAAUCGCUCUCUUCGACUGCGUCGUGUCAUGGUCAUGGUGGUUCCUGCUGGGAAUCGUAAUUCAAACAGUCGUUUCAGAUCACAGAUAAUCUACGGAGUUUGUUCUUUCUAGUGGUCGAUCGCUGUGAGUUGUUUGUAAAGAGGUGGUUGUGUAACUCUGUGUAGUUGGUUUGAUUGGUUUCGAUUAGGGUUUUCUGUUGCUGGAAUUUGAGCAGAAAGUGGUGAUUUGGUUGUGUUAAUAUGAUAAUUGAGGAGGUGGAGGGAGGCGAGUUGGAUAUAGUUGAUAGUAUUGCGGAGGAGGAUCGAAUUGGCGGUGGAGGAGGCUUGGUCGUUUGGGACGCGAAGCGGGUUUUGAUCGGAGCGGGAGCCAGGGCUUUGUUUUAUCCGACUUUGCUUUACAAUGUCGUUAGGAACAAGUUUCAGGCUGACUUCCGGUGGUGGGAUCGGGUGGACGAGUUUAUUUUGUUAGGUGCUGUUCCAUUUGCUACUGAUGUUCCAUGCCUCAAGGAGCUUGGUGUUCGUGGAGUCGUUACCAUGAAUGAGCAAUAUGAGACAUUGGUUCCCACAUCUCUAUAUUACGAACAUGGCAUUGACCAUCUGGUACUCCCUACUAGGGACUACUGCUUUGCACCUUCCUUGAGAGACAUAUCCCUUGCCGUAGAUUUCAUUAACGACAAUGUCCUGCGAGGGGAAACUACCUAUGUCCAUUGUAAAGCUGGUCGAGGACGCAGCACCACCAUUGUCUUAUGCUACCUUGUACAGCACAAGCAUAUGACACCUGAUGCCGCCUACAAAUAUGUAAAGUCGAUCAGACCGAGAGUGCUUCUUGCACCUGCCCAACGGCAGGCUGUUCAAGAAUUCUAUCACCUUCACGUAAAAACCCACGUCCUCUAUGGCAGUUUGAGAAAUCUGAUAUUGAAGGCCCAAAGGCAAAGUUUGGAUCUCUUCCUCUCGAAGGAUCUCGUGAAAUUCGACGAUGGCUCGGUAGUUCUUGUUACAGAAUCAGAUCUCGAUGGAUAUGACCCAAGGCUUGUCUCUAGUCCAAUGAAGAGUAGUGAGAUAUGGGCCGACUUGAGCGUGGUUUAUGGAGUACGGCUUGCCGGGCAGGCAGUACUCACAAGGAUCUCCUGUCUGUGGCUCCGUUGUGGGGGGCACCACAAGUUUGUCGGCGGGAAGCAACUGAACAGGAAGAGCAGCUGCUCGAUCAGCAGGGAUCAAUUAGGAGGUAUUAGUGUCGACAUUCACCUCUACUAAAGUACUGCUGGUGUUUGCACAAAGGGUAGUCCGAUGAUAAGCUUUUCUUUUUCCAUCUUAUGUUGUUUCCUGUCGUUGGUAUAUAAAAUCGAUGAUGAAUAACGUUUGCUUUGUACGGAUACUUGGGGGUUUCACCAUCAGCUGUAAAUAUGAGGGUCUGCAUGUUGAUCCAGCAAGUUCCAACCAAGUAUAUACGUUUAUAUGUUCCUCGAUAAUGGUUCUGUAAAACAGUUCGUGUUAUUGCGAAAUUGUAUCACUGUAAUAAACAUGUGAUAAGAUAGUAUAAGAAUGAUCAUCAGUGAAACUGUAUAUUACCAUGUAUCACAACAUAGUGUCCGAUUGAUAAUAAGUGGAACUGGCAUUU